GUCAGUUUGCCUGGCGCUCUUCUCAGAGCGCAGCCACCCCCUACCCGGUGGCCCCCGCCGACUUGCGGAAGUGCCGGAAGCGGAAGUUCCUAAGAGGUGGGGGAGUUGUUGGUUAAGUGUCGGCUUGUUUUUGGAGCUUGGUAGGUUCUCCCUCUCCGCUCGGCUGAUUGAGCAGGUAAAGCGCGAUUGUGAGACCUCGCCAGCCCUGCCGGCCAAAUUCAGGCCGGAUCCCAACUUCGAACCCUACCCUGAGGGGUGUGGUACCCGGUGCUCCGACUCUCCCGGGUCCUGGUGGAGGUCCCGGGAGUCCCCGGUCCCUUCUCUGGGCAGAGGCUCGGUCCGGCUUCCCAGUGUCCACGUAAACCCCAGCGAUGGGUAAUACGAGCAGUGAGCGCGCUGCGCUGGACCGGCAAGGGGGUCACAAGACUCCCCGAAGGGACAGUUCGGGGGGCUCCAAGGAUGGGGACCGGCCCAAAAUCUUGAUGGACAGCCCUGAGGACGCUGACCUCUACCACUCCGAGGAAAUUAAGGCUCCAGAGAAGGAGGAGUUCCUGGCCUGGCAGCAUGAUCUGGAGGUUAAUGAUAAAGCCUCUGCCCAGGCUCGGCCAACUGUGUUUCGAUGGACGGGGGGUGGAAAGGAAGUUUACUUAUCCGGCUCCUUCAACAACUGGAGCAAACUUCCCCUCACACGCAGCCACAAUAAUUUUGUCGCCAUCCUGGAUCUGCCUGAAGGAGAGCAUCAGUACAAAUUCCUUGUGGAUGGUCAGUGGACACACGACCCCUCUGAGCCAGUAGUAACCAGCCAGCUUGGCACAGUUAACAACAUCAUUCAAGUGAAGAAAACUGACUUUGAAGUAUUUGAUGCUUUAAUGGUGGAUUCCCAAAAGUGCUCCGAUGUAUCUGAGCUGUCCAGUUCCCCGCCAGGACCCUACCAUCAGGAGCCCUAUGUCUGGAAACCAGAGGAGCGGUUUAAAGCCCCACCCAUCCUCCCACCACACCUUCUCCAGGUCAUCCUGAACAAGGACACAGGCAUUUCUUGUGAUCCAGCUUUGCUCCCUGAGCCCAACCACGUCAUGUUGAACCACCUUUACGCACUUUCCAUCAAGGAUGGAGUGAUGGUGCUCAGCGCGACCCACCGGUACAAGAAAAAAUAUGUCACUACCUUGUUGUACAAGCCCAUAUGAAGAGCUGGGAACUACCCAUGGGCUGCAGCCCCAGGCUCCACCCGUGCAUGCUUCCCACUAGAAGGAAUGGACUGCAGAUUUCUCACUUCACAUUCUUCAUAAGACAUUUCAUACCCGCCCUUGUCCUACUUGAAGGUUUGUUCCAGACACAGCAGCUCCUGAAGCACCUCAGUCUAUAACGGUCCUCUUAGUACCCAGUGCUGGGUCUGGGGACCCAUCAAGGCUGAGAAGGGAGUGGGGGAAGCAGGUGCUCUGCAGCCCCCACACCGCAGGGCAGAGGGCAGCAGUGCACAUCUCAGUCAACAGCCUCUGAACUGGUCAUGGAGCUUUUUCUUAAGCCAAAAAUGAACACUAGGCACUUUGCUAGUGAAAAUCUGGGAAGCGGAGAUGGAGGCCGCACAAAAUUUUGGGUCGUAUAUGUUUGUAUUGACUUGUCCCUGCUGAGGCCUGGCCGCAGACCUGGCAGCAAGUUCAGGGUUGGUCCUACCUGUCCUCUGAAAUCAAAGCAAUAGGCCGUCUUCCAGUUCCUGCUCCAGGGAGGCGUAAUUUCUAUAGAAAUUAGAACCUGUCUGGUUUCCAGAUGAAGUUUGACAAUUAUUUCCUACAUUUACGUGCACUAAGUAUUUUUGUUUCUGUUUUUAACCAGAGGUGGCUGUGACUAUACAGCCUUAGGACAAUUUUUAAGUCACCCUGACUAGACUACAGGUCACAUGAACUGUGCUCAGCAAUAAUCUGUUCUCAGAGCAGAGUUGGAAAACCACAGAUGGAUUUAUUAAACUGGGAGUUUGUCCAGCUUUGUACUCAAAUCAUAAUGAGGUGACAAUGUUACCAUGAAAACUUUGGAGGCACCUGACCCUAGCCUGUGCCACCCUACUUGGGACCUCUGUCCCUUCUCAGCAAGGAAGGCUGUGGCAACUGCUGUUGUUUAUUCUGGAAGCAAAUUAGAACUGGCAGCAGCCUUCUGAAUUUGUGCCAGGAAGACAUCCUUUGGACCAAAGUGAAUCUCUCCCCACGGCUUGGUUUCCAGGUUGAUGCCAGAGACACAGCCAUUAGCGAGGCUCCUGUCCCCGAGGGGGCGGAGGCUGCCAUCAUGCCCUGUGCUCCUGCUGGGAGACAGAGGAACAAGCCCCCUGGCUUCUGGUAUUUAUUUGGUAAACCUGCGUCCGGGAUACCCCUUUUGUUACUGUUUUCAAAACACUGAAUUACUGUCACUUUGAUGUACAGGUUUCAAUAAAGCUUAUAAAGAUAA